UGAUUAAGAUGCACUUUUGGAUCCAAUCCGUAUAUGUUUUUGGUUGUUGUCAUUGUUUGCUGGCUCUGCCAUUGCUCAUUCCUACUCUCUCGGCCACUUCGAAAUCCCUUUCUUGCAUCCCGUAACCUAGACUCGAGACCUUGCCUUUACCUACUCUCUACCUCUCGAAUUCAACCUCUGUCUGGUUUGGUCUGAAUCGCUCGUUGUAAAGAACACCUCGACUUUCCCACAACAGUCGCUCACCCUCCUUUUCAUCAUGUCGACCGAAACCCAACAGGCAAAUCCGCAAAUGGACUUGGAUCCCAAAUAUGACGACUAUGACUUCCCCACCACUGCUCCUGAGAACCAGUCGGGUCAUCCUGGCCAUACCACAAAGGAACAAGAUGCUCAAGUGCACCAGCUGAGGGCUAUGCUGGAAAGAGAAGGCUACACGGAGCGGCUAGACACUCUGACUCUGUUACGCUUUCUUAGAGCCCGCAAAUUCAACGUUGAGCAUAGCAAGGCAAUGUUCGUCAAGAACGAGCAAUGGCGAAAGGAGUUUGGCACUGAUGAUCUGGUCCGCACUUUUGACUACAAAGAACGAGCUCAGAUGUUCCAGUAUUAUCCACAGUACUAUCACAAGACCGACAAGGAUGGGCGCCCGGUAUAUAUCGAACAAUAUGGCAAAAUCGACCUGAAUGCCAUGUACAAGAUCUCUACUGCAGAACGAAUGGUGCAGAAUCUGGUGGUGGAGUACGAAAAGGUGGCCGAUCCACGAUUGCCCGCUUGCUCGCGCAAGGCAGGAAAACUCCUCGAGACUUGCUGCACUAUCAUGGACAUGAAAGGCGUCGGCGUCGGACGAAUUCCAUCCGUCUACGGCUACCUCAAGUCUGUCAGCGCCAUCUCCCAAGACUACUACCCAGAGCGGCUGGGCAAGCUCUACAUCAUCAAUGCACCUUGGGGUUUUGCGAGCGUCUUCAGCUUCGUCAAAUCGUUCCUCGACCCAAUCACGGUCGCCAAGAUUCAUGUUCUUGGCUCGAACUACCAAAAGGAACUGUUGCAACAGGUCCCUGCAGAAAAUCUCCCCAAGGAAUUUGGCGGCGAAUGCGAGUGCGAAGGUGGUUGUCAAUUCAGUGACGACGGUCCCUGGAAGGACCCCCAGUAUGCAAAAACGCCAAAGUGGGCCAGAGAAGAUCCGGUCACUGGCAAGGACGCGGCAAACACCGUCCAGCCUGCCCCAACUGAUGGCGCUCAAGAUCCAGCGACGACAGAAGCGCCUGCUCCCGCUACAGCACCCGCCCAGGCUGAGAAUGCGCCGGCCGAGGGACCAAAGAUGCCCAUUGAAGAGGCAGCAGGGUCGUAGAUAUUUUCAUCUCGGACCUUUUCGACAGAGCGCUAAGAAGGAAGUUCCAUGGGACGCCUACAGAUGUUGAAGAAGGCAGAAGAAACGGAAGAACAGGGCGCCAGGACCUGAGUUCAGAGCCGCUCCUGCACUUGCUUGUUGUACAUUUUGAUGAUACAUUGGCUUUCGGCGGAGAUCUUCUGAUAUUUGCCUCCGAAUACUGCUCGCUUCUUCUCAAGCGGGCUUUCUCUAUCCUUCUUGUCCGACUCUUCACGGCACAUCUGGGUUCGUUGCCUAUCCUAGACAGGCGAUCGACACGAUAUUGAUAGAUCAAUAUGGAUCCCGGCAAGCACCGGCACUGACAUCUUUGGUCAACUC